AUGGCACCUAUGAAAAGCUGGAUGGUAGGGCUCCUGCUGGUGCUACUGUGCCCAUCCCAGGCCCCUCUUUCUGGUGUAGUAAAUGCCCAGGACGUGGCCGACACAGAGGCAAGUGCAAGAAUUGUUGAGGAGGUUGUGGCAGAAGAGGCCAAAUAUGUUGAGGGUGAUGAUGGUGCAGGCGAAGAGGAGGAACACAUAACGGAGGGGGAAGCGGAGGAAGAGUCAGAUGAUGAGGCUGAAACUGAUGAAGAGGAGGAAGAGUCAGAUGAUGAGGCUGAAACUGAUGAACAGGAGGUGGAAGAGGAAUCUGAUGAGGAGGAGGAGGAAGAAGAGGAAACUGCUGAGGAGGAAGAGACUGCUGAGGAGGAAGAGGAGGAAGCAGAGGAGACUGCUGAGAUGGAAGAGGAUGCUGAGGAGGAGGCAGAAGAAGAAGAGGAGGAGGUAGAGGAAGCUGAUGAUGAUGAUGAGGAGGAAACUGCUGAGGAAGAUGAGGCUGAGGAGGAAGAAGAAGAGGCCUCUGAGGAGGAGGAUGCAGAAGAGGAAGAGGCUGCUGACGAGGAAGAGGAGGAGACUGACGAGGCAGAUGCAGCAGAGGAGGACGAGGAAGAGACUGCUGAUGAGGAAGAGGAGGAGGAUGCUGCUGAGGAGGAGGAAGCUGCUGAAGAAGAGGAGGAGGCUGAUGAGGCAGAGGAAGACAAGGAGGAGGAUGCUGAUGAGGAAGCAGAGGCUGAACACGAGGAGGAGGACGAGGAGACAGCUGAGGAAGAAGAGGAGGAGGCCUCUGAAGAGGAUGAUAAGGCAGCUGAAGAAGAGGAGGAAGCUGAUGAAGAACAGGGGGAUGACAAUGCUGAGGAAGAGGGAGAAGAUGCUGAUAUUGCUGGAGAUGAGGAAGACGAAGGUAACAACUACCACACUGGCUCUUUGUGUAGUGUUUGCUCCAUCUGCGAGUACUGUUCCAGUAAUUGUGACAACUGCCCCUGUGAGGAGGAAGAUGAAUCAGAUCACUGUGAGCACUGCCAAGAAUGCUCAUCCUGCUACCUCUGCCCCAUACUGUGUGACACAAUUUGCACACCAGGCGGUUUUGUUGAUGAGCUGACUGGGACCAUCUUUCAGUAA